GAGCUCUCUGGCACGGGCUGGCAUUCGCUGCAUUCGUCAGUGAGAAUGAGACUUACUAAAAUAUCUGCUUCUAUGUUUGACAUCCGUGCUAAGAAUUAUUAUGAUCUCCUCCAGGUCCCGAAGCAUGCCAAUGAAGCACAAAUAAAACGAGCAUACCACAAGCUUGCGCUUAAGUAUCAUCCUGACAAAAAUCCAGGCAAUGAGGAAGCCAAGAAGAAGUUCCAGGAGAUAAGCAGUGCGUAUGAGGUCUUGUCGGACACAGAGAAACGGCAAAUUUACGAUCAGUAUGGAGAAGAAGGGGUUAAGCAACACAAUGCGGGUGGAGGACGAGGGGGCGCAGGAGGGUUCAAUGAUAUUUUCUCACAGUUUUUCGGUGGUUCUGGAUUCCGGGUCAGUUUUGGUGGCGAUGAGGAAGAGGAAGAAAAGACACCGAAAGGAGACGAUGUUGUUGUAGAGCUUCAGGCAACUUUAGAAGAUAUUUACAUGGGGCAAACCUUCAAGAUGUACAGAGAUAAAAAUGUGAUAAAACCGGCGCCAGGGAAGCGGAAAUGUAACUGCAAGAACAAAAUGGUGACAAGGCAAAUCGGACCUGGCAUGUACCAGCAAUUCACCCAGCAGGUCUGUGAAGACUGCCCGAACGUCAAGUAUGAGAGGGAGGGAAGUCCAGUUACGGUGGAUGUGGAGAAGGGCAUGAAGGAUGGUCAGGAGAUCACGUUUUUCGAAGAAGGAGAGCCUAUCAUUGAUGGAGAGCCUGGCGAUCUCAAGUUCGUUAUCAAGACGAUCCCACACGAGAAAUUUGUUCGGCAGGGCGAUGACUUACAUGUCACAGUUCGCAUACCGCUAGUUGAUGCGCUGGUAGGAUUUGAAAAGAAGAUUCCCCAUCUUGAUGGGCAUAUGGUCAGCAUCGGCACAAAGGGUGUAACCAAGCCUGGAGAAGUGAGGCAGUUUGCAAAGGAAGGCAUGCCCGUUUAUGAGAGCGACAAGAAGGGGGCUUUAUUUGUCAAGUUCGAGAUCGAUUUUCCGGAAACAUUAACAGAGGCCCAAAAAGGGGUCAUCAGGACCACAUUUGGAAGCGCUACGAGUUAAUUCAGUUCAGUACAGCCUCGAGCGGAGAGAAGAGAGUGGACGAGGGUUGAAUCGGUCGAUUUGCUUUUUUUUUUUUUUCUUUUUUUUUUUCCUGUUUAUUUUCUUGGCCAUUGGAGCAUCAGCAAUUUGGCCCAUUCAUAUCUCUAGGAAUCGAAAUGCACCCUUGUUGCAGGUGCGGUGCAUCCGGAUGCUUUUCGAGUUGACCUUGAAAUGCCGGCUCUGUGCGAGUUGAGAUGCUGCAGAGUGCCUUUACAUAAGGAGAUUCGCUAGGCAAGAAGGCAGGCGGCGGGUAUCGAGAGAGGAGUUCUGUGGGGUGGGGUGGGGKGGGGGGGGGGGGGGGGGGGGGGGGGGGGGGGGGGGGGGGGGGGGGGGGGGGGGGGGGGGGGGCGUCUGGGUAAGUGUUGCAGGAUCGAGACCAAGUUUGGGUUUUGUUAUUCUUGUCGAAAAUGGCUUUAAAAGGCCACAGUCUUGGAUUUCGUGGAGUUCGACGUGCUUUCUUUCUUGCUUUGUGCGAGGCGUCCAUGGGCGUGUAAUGAAUGUCCCAUACCUUU